AUGCUGACGACCAAAACCAGAUCUCGCAGAGGGUCUCAGGUUUGCUGCUUCCUCAUUCUUCUGCUGCUCGUGACCCUCAUCAUCCUAUACUUAACGGUCUUCAAGCCGAAGCAACCGGAAGUGCGCGGCACGGUGGUCGGCCUCCGGCAGAUCGAGUUCCAGCCCUUCCCCAACUUCAUGCUGAACAUUACGCUGGUUGUGGCCGUCACCAUCGAGAAUCCCAACUACGCCGGCUUCGAGUUCGAGAGCGGGACGACCUUGAUCUUCUACCGCGGUGUCUUGGUCGGACAGGCGCCGGUGAUGGAAGGGGAAGUCGGCGCGCGCUCGACGGAGACGCUCAGCGUGUACGUCGAACUCGAGGUGUCGACGAUCACAGCCAACCCCAACUUCGUGCAAGACAUCGCCUCGGGAAUUCUGCCUCUUGAGUCGUCCACGAGCGUUCGGGGGAAGGUGACCAUUCUGGGGGUCUUCAAACUCAAUGCAUCCGUUUUCACGUCGUGUGAUAUAACCGUGGCCCUUCUUUCUCGCUACGCGAGCGCGACCUGCAAUUCCAGAUCACAAUUGAAGGAUGUUUCUUCACCCAAAAAAGAUGGACUGUUCAACAAGGUCAGGGAGAUUGCAGCUAUGCACAUCUAG